AUGCUGUUGACGCGCUUGCUGCCUCCGCAGUUCUUGUUGCCAGCAUGGACCACGAGACAAUUAGCAAAAGCUGCACAACGGGCUCAUAAAUCAGAUUACGCGGAUGGAGCUCAAGACGAUUACAACGAUUGUACAAGCCGGCAGCUGACCAAGAGGCAAUUGCGAAGGCUGCAGUGGUCUAAUGUCAGGAGAUUGAAUCUCAAGAUUUCCAAGAGCGAACAUGGACUCGAUUUAUCUCAGGGACCGGCGAAGAAGAAACCAGUCGAGCCCCAAGCCAUUGAACAGCCUGUUCAUGGCUCCAGCUGGUUAGAGGAAGACCACCAACGGCAAAACCACAAAUUAUUAGGGCGAAACAACGACAGCAAUGGCUCCAGUCAAUGCUCCCCAUUGAAGCCACCAGAUGGUGGGAACGGGACAGGCGCAAUGUCCAGUUCCCCACACUUGAGGGAGACGAGCGAUUCACAAUACAUUGUCCAGGAACCGCAGACGAACCCAAAUACGUUGUCACUGUUCGAAGAGCUUUUUCCAGAGGAGGCAGUCGCGCGGCAGAGGAGGGAGAAGAAAGCCAGGGAGAGACUGGAGAAGCUACCAGCAUUCAACUGGGCCGUGGAAAGCAAAGAGGCAGACGAGCGAGACCGUGACCAUGAGCAAGUACGCCAGGAAAACAGGAAGAAACAUACAUCAAGCCCAGAAAUGAACACAAGAACACGUAGUGUACGAGUUCAGCCCAAUUUAGCGCCAAAGGUAGCCUCACAGGAUCGGUAUACAAAGUCGGUGGGGUCUGUUGGGAAGCAAAGUAGAGUCAGUAUUCUUGUUCUGAAGGCAUGCAGCAAGACGCUCGAGGAGAGUGACUUCUACCGAGUUGGACCAAAGGGCAAUCAUAUCGAAAGUUGGACGAAUGGAAUUCUUAAAGUUAUACCUGCCCGCGAUAACCUUACACUUGAACCCUUCGGCCAGUACUUUCUGCUUUUCUCGAGCAUUGCGGCCGCACGACUAUACCUAGACAAGACUAUGCGGCUGCUGGAAUUGUCAAAGUCGAACGAUUUCUUCUCAAAACCUUACGGCCGCUCACGGCUUCGGGAAGGAGAAGAUGUAGACGCCAUAUUGCGGAAUUUCACUUUGGUACCUGCGGGCGGCAAACUUUCACUAAGAUUACUCCGGCCCCCUUAUAGCAAAGGAUUACAGUGGAUGAUCGAUGCAGGUGGUCCGGCCCCCCUAGUUACCAGGCAGGAAAAGGCUCAGAACAUCAUUCUGUUCAGUACAGACCGCGGUGAUAUCAAAAAUCACGAAGUGGAGAAUGCGAUUAUGGACGAUGGCAAACGUCGUAAUCUGCACUGGAAGCUUGCUGGAGCAAAGAGCGAAGCAAUUGUGAAGCUGGAGAUGAAUGCUCAGUCUACUGGGGAGGAUGUUGAUAGCGAAGAGGGUAAUAGCCGCCCUAAGUCGAGAUAUCGUGGCCCAGCGAGAUAUACGAUAUCCUUCAAAGACUCCAAUGAGGCACGAAGAUUUGUCAGAGAGUGGCAUCGACGGCCAUUUCCUACAGAUAGAUCACCGCAGCCGGGGGAUGAUACCCCCCCUACAGUUAAUGCAGAGAUCUUGUGGUAA